UGCCAUAUUCAUAUUAGAUCAAACUAUUAGUUCAUAUAGCUAUAGGGUAAAAGUUGGGUCUUUAUUUGUCUGUUUCUAAACGGUUUAAAGUGGUUGAAAAUGUAAAUGUGUGUAUGCUUUCCAGCUAGAUUCAUUAGGCGGUCCAUUUGUACGACAGGUGGCGCGAAUUUCUGGAUCCCGUUCGGAUGUGACCCAGAGAGUAAGAAAACGACUUCCGGUCCGCUGGCCGUUGCGUUGCUGCUGUAACUGACUCAGGAUCAGCUUCGCUCGCUCACACUCUCUGCAUUACAGUGAGGAUCGUUCAGCCAGCACUGAUCCAGCGACAGAUUCACAGCAAACAGCCGGUUCACCUUGACGCGAGUAUGGCGUCGGCUACGAAACUGAUCCAGAGACUGAGGAACUUGUUGUCAGGGGUGAGAGGAUGAGGAUGAGGAUGACCGUUUAACCUAUCGAUGUAAUAUGACACGCACGAACUCCAGUCCAAACUACAACUUCGAUACACUGAAAUUUCAAAGAGGUAGGACUCAGCCACCACCUAAACUUCCUGUUGGACCGAGCCAUAGAUUUGCAAAUAACUACUACUGUCAGAGAGAUGGACGCAGAGAGUCCGGUCCACCAAGUGUAGUCAUGUCUUCACAGAAGGCCCUAACUGCUGGAAGUGAGGCUUCUGGAAAACCCAAACAGCCUGUUACUCCAGGGUCCCCACUGAAGGAGCUUCCACUGAGCGUUGACUAGAUUUACAGUGUAAUAUAUGUGUUAUUCUCAAUAA